AGGAGCAGGAAGGACGCAGGGGAAACAAAAAAGAAGUGUCUCUCCAUUUUUCUUUUCUUACCAUGAAGAGACAAAACGCCCGGACCCUCGCCCUCAUCAUCAGCAUCCUCACUUACCUGGUGGUGGGGGCGGCCGUGUUUGAGACCCUGGAGUCGAAGCAGGAGAAAAGCCACAAGAGGAAGCUGGACGCCAGGAAGCACGAACUCAUGCGUAAAUACAACUUAUCCAAAGGGGACUUCGAGGAGCUGGAGCACGUCGUCGUGCAGCUCAAACCGCACAAAGCCGGCGUGCAGUGGAAGUUUGCGGGGUCUUUUUACUUCGCCAUCACUGUGAUCACAACCAUAGGUUACGGCCACGCGGCUCCGAGCAGCGACUCGGGGAAAGUGUUCUGCAUGUUCUAUGCCCUCCUGGGGAUCCCGCUCACUCUGGUGAUGUUCCAGAGCCUGGGGGAGCGGAUCAACACCUUCGUCAGGUACCUGCUGCACCAGGCCAAGAAGUGCCUGGGCCUGCGUCAAACGGCCGUGUCCAUGGCCAACAUGGUGACGGUGGGCUUCUUCUCCUGCCUCAGCACGCUGUGUGUCGGAGCCGUGGCCUUCUCCCACUGCGAGGGAUGGAGCUUCCUUCACGCCUUCUACUUCUGCUUCAUCACGCUCACCACCAUCGGCUUCGGGGACUACGUGGCGCUGCAGAGGGACGACGCGCUGCAGAACGACCCUCGCUACGUGGCCUUCUGCUUCGUCUACAUCCUCACGGGGCUCACGGUGAUCGGAGCCUUCCUGAACCUGGUGGUGCUUCGCUUCCUCACCAUGAACACGGAGGACGAGCGACGGGACGCCAGGCAACGCGCGCUCGUUCCCGUCGGUAAACCCCGAGGAGAGGUGGCUCGACUGCUCCCCCUCUCGGCCUCCACCUCUUUAGCAGAAGACGCCACCAAAGCGAAGGAUUUGAAAGGCGUCUACACCGAGGUGCUGCACUUCCAGACAAUAUGCUCCUGCUUGUGGUACAGGAGCAAGGAGAAGCUGCGGGGCUCCAUCCCUCAGGAGCUGAUGUUAUCGAACCCCUACAUGCUGCAGAGCAGGAACUGUCCUCACUACGUGGAGCCGGGGUCCACGGGAUGUGUUUGUAGUCCACGUCAAUGCUCGAGCAUCAGCUCCAUAACUACAGGCCUGCACCUCUUAUCUCCAUUCAGGAUGUUUAAGAGACGCAGCUCCGUUUAAAACUCUCGAUACCGCAGAUUUCAGCACAGAACAAUGUGUCUAGACUGCCAGAGAGCCGGCCUCACAGCAGAGACAAGACUGCUAGAUGUUUGUGGUGCUAUAAUCCCAGUAAACAGUAGGACAAGACAACUCAAAUAUCAGUUUGAGGAAGGGUGGCUCGCUAUGUUUGGAAGCAAUGAUGUGCAAAAAUGAAAGAAUAUUUCUUAGUGCGAACAACGAAAGAAACAAACCAGGAAGGUAUUUGUAGAAAUGUUUCACAGGUUGAACGUGCCAUGUACUAUAUAUGAGUUUCAUGGAGAAACCGACGGCAUGUUAUGCGAAAACGUUCAAAACUUGAAAGGGUUUGAAACGUUCAAUACUUUUAAUGUCAAAGGAUAUUAUGCACAAUAGCCACAGCGUUGUUGUUGGCAAUGGAAAUCUGAAGUCCCAGACCCCGCUUAGAGUGCAGCAUACAAUAUACUGAAGACUUAAAAAGAAAAAAGACAAUAAAAUAGACCAAAAUGCCAACGUAAAAGUCAACUAUUAACGUUUAAAAGUCAUGUUAAGUUUACACAUUUGCAGGUAACUACUCAAAGGAUUCUCUGAGUCUGUUUGCACAUUACUUCUUUGAAGGUAGAUGUAACCUGUGGGUGUUAACAAGUCGUGAAAUUAGACAUCUACCUGUGCGCACACACUGCAGACCACGAGGUGUUCAGGGUAAACAGGUGACAGCUGAACAGGUGCUGCUCCAGGAACUACAGGCGGAGUCAGUUGAGGAACUGCACAAUAAGAAAUGGAGAGAUAACAUCAUUUUACCUCACCUACUGGACUUCAAAACAUCUGGCAUUUGUCUUAAACGGGAAAAGUCUAGUUUGCAUUCGUUAUUUUUCUGGGACAAUUUGUAGGGCUCCGAUCAGAGUCUGUGGGAAAAAGACAACACAAUGGACAUGCUAAAUUUCGCCUAUUUCCUGACGAUAUGCUAUGAAAUCAACAGGGAUUUGGAUAAUUAUUAUAUUGUAUUAACGUACAAAACAUACAAUUAGCAUGCUCUACUCAAUACAACCAGUCAAUUGACAGAAACAGUCAUUAAACCUCCAUGAUUGUCGUUAAACACACUAGAAUGACAAGAUAAAUCCAUCUUUAUUUAUAUAUAUAUACCCCUUAAUUCAUAGAGUUAAAUGUGGAAAGGAACAUGUUUUAAAUGCUCUUCUCAAAGCAACCAGACUCCAUUGGCAGAAACAAUCAUUUUAGAUUGCCGAUUGUCGUCAAACAAACUUUAUUCAAACACAAAUGUGCCUCGUGCAGUCCUUCUGCUGUUUGCAAAAAGACUUAGGAUAUUCUUAGUCAACCAACACUCGAUUAGGGGAUUUGAUUGACGGAUGAGUUUCUCAAGAGUCAUGCAAAAGUAUCAAUGUAUCUUGCGUUUAGCACAUUAUGGGCUCAUAGGUUUUUGAAGAUAAAUCCUUCAGCUUAGAAAGACGACUAAUUUACCCAAUACAUUGACAAAGAAUCACAUGGUUGGAGAGUUUGAAAGAGAGACUGACUAAGUCAUAGAUAUAUAAACAAUUACUGUUCAUUAUCUCUGCUUUAUGUUGCAUUUGUCAAACCUGAAAAACACAGAAAGACACACUUGUCUACGGGGAAUGGAAAAGGAGUUUAUCGCCUAUUUUUAGCAGGUUUUCUGGUGUUUAAGAAAAACUGCAUGCUUGCGCUAAUUUUGGAAGGAAAGGGUACAAGACUUCAGCUCUGCAGUAAAUUCCCAUUUAGUGUUUUUUUGUUAAUGAUCUCAUGCUGGUUUAACUCAGAGGUUAUAGAUUGAUGCAGCACCAGUUUAGACGUUGUGGUUUAAUACAAGACAAAACCAUAAGAAAUCGUGAUUCUCAGAACUAUAUUAAAGCUGACACUCUGAUAGCUCAACGUGACUCAUAUUUCUGUGUAGCUGCCUCUGUUAUUGUGACUUUUCAGAGCUCUCUGUCCAAAAUUCUGGUGCAUCAGUCACAAACGCUGCAUUAUGUAACUACACAAGUGGGAAAAGUUCAGAAAAAACACGAUGACAUACCCCGAACACAGUAAAACUGCAUUAACACAGAAGCAGGUUGAUCACAAGUAGACACUCAGCGGCACCGACUGAAAAAAGCUUUUAAAAAGACCAACAUUAACAAAGACGGUUGGCUGCAGUGUGAGGGGUUUCUGUUCAUUUGUCCAGCCCUGUUUCCCCCAGUUGUUGAUAUUAAUCUAGCCUUGGCUUCACAGUGUUUUCAGGAACUGUAAUCCAGAAGUUUGUGAAGUGCACUUUAAGCGAACAGUUUGGGAAAUAAUGAGCUGGAGAUAUGAGGAGGUUAGCUUAGCUUCGAAUAACAACUGGAAGCAGAGGAAACAGCCGGGCUCUGUCAAAAGUUCAGAUACAAAUAGCUCCAACAACACUUCACUGCUAACACGCUGUUUAUUGUUUGUUUAGGGGGAAAAGGUUUUUGGUUUAACUGCUAAAUGAGACAAUAAACUUGUAUGCCUGUAUCCUAAAGACACAGAUUAAGCAAAAGAAAAGGAUAAAGAUGAAGCUAAAGGUGAAGCUAAACAUUAAUGUAAAGGUGAAGCUAAAGAUUAAGCUAAAUAUUAAGCUAAAGGUGAAGCUAAAGAUUAAGCUAAAGGUAAAGCUAAAGAUCAAGCUAAAGAUUACAUUGAAGAUUAAGCUAAAGAUGAAGCUAACAAUUAAGCAAAAGAUGAAGCUAAAGGGGAAGCUAACAAUUAAGCUAAAGAUUAAGCUAAAGGGGAAGCCAGCACCGGGGAAGCUAAAGAUUAAGCUAAAGGUGAAGCUAACAAUUAAGCUAAAGAUUAAGCUAAAGCCAAGGUGAAGCUAAAGAUAGGGCUAUGAUGAAGCUAAAUAUAGGGCUAUGAUGAAGCUAAAGAUGAAGCUAAAGAUAGGGCUAUGAUUAAGCUAAAUAUAGGGCUAUGAUGAAGCUAAAUAUAGGGCUAUGAUGAAGCUAAAGAUGAAGCUAUUGAUGAGAGACUGAUAUCACUCUCACUUUUUAAAUAUGUUACUUGUUAGCUAUUUAAUUAGGCCCAAAAAGCCUCCUGUUAGCUUAGCCUAUAGCAUACAUACUGGAAACGUCUUAACUGGCUCUGUCAAGGUUUAUAAAAGUAAUCUUACUAGAACCUCUAAAAGUAACUUAUUAACAUGUUAUAUAUUGGGUGUUUAAUUCAUUAAAUUACCUUACAUAAAAUCAGAUGCAAUCAAACAAAACCCAUCAGAUAUUCUUGUUGUUUGUCUGUCUAAAUCACAUAUAUUUCAGACAGUUGAUGCAAAGUAAUUUUAGGAGCAGUUUGGAGUGGCAGAUGGGACGAGGUUUUGUGUGUUUGUACAAUGGAUAAUAAACUGGUUGUCAAUCACACAUAAAUAUGCCAUGUUAGACAAAAAAUACCCACCCUUAGAUACAGUUCCUUGCAUUUCUGGGGUUAUUUUGGUGUUGGCAUGAUUUGACGUUUAUUUAUGGCAGCUGCAAAUGAGAUAACUGACACAUUUCGGGAUCAAACCUUAAUUUAAUUUAGGGAAAAAGGGCUUUCUUAAAUGUUUGUCCACAGAUGAUAUACUAACAACAGAGAGUAUCACAUUUUAACCUGUUUUUCUUAAAGGCAUUUUGGGAAAUGUUCAACCAAGAGAACUCUGCUUCUUCACCAUACUAAAAAAAGGAAGUGCAAUAAUGUACUUUAUUACAAGUAUAAGUCCUGCAUUUAAAAAACGUAUUUCAGUAGAAGUACAAAGAAACUCAUUCUGCAGAAAAAGGGUUGCUGUGAAAAAAGUACAAUAUUCCCAAUAUUAUGAAACGCAUGAGAUACAAAUACUUAAGUUAAAUACUUUUACAUUUGUACUCAAGCAGAAGUCAGAGUCAGAAAAGAUAGGAAUGGGGGAAGAUGGAUUAUUUCUUGUAGUUUUAAGACAUGUAUUGCUUUGCAUUGUGGGUGGAAAUAACAGCGAUUUGACGCCAAAUUAACAUAAAAACGUACUAUUUAAUCUGGCUGUGAUGCCAAUUAAGGAAUUUAUGGAAACAGACUGUUGUGAUGGACUUCUGAAACACAAAAGUACUGUUUGCAUGUGAUAAUGGACAAGGUUGUUUUAUGCUUCUGACAGCAGCACCCUACUGUAUAUGUUAUGCAAGUACUGUAUUAGUUUUAAACCUUGCUGCACAAUAAUUAACAGGUUUCUCUGUUAAAAUAUGACAGGGGGCAAAGUACUUGAACACCUACGUACUUGAAGUAGUUGUACUUUUUUUUAAAUCUUAACUUGCCAAGAGAUGUGUGCACAGUUGAGACUUAUAAUUUGUUCGUCAAGAUUAAUCACACUCUUCAAAUCGAUUUCAGAACAAUAUUAUACUAUUUUG